GGCACGGAACUGCUGUAGGGUCGACGGAUGAUCGUAGAUGAAGGAGAAAGAUGGAAAUUAAACAGCGGUUUUUAGAGUCGCGCCGCUGACCUGUCGAUUGUACGAGUAUUCGGGGGCUCACUGCAGAGCGAAUGUUAUAUGAGGACUCCUGGAGGACGUGCUUUAAUCGCGGUAAGGUAGCGAAUGUAGGGAGAGUUGGGGAGGGCUGUAGCUGCUGGGGUUUUUUUGGAGAGGGAAAACAACAUGGCUGCGGUGGAGCUCGAAUGGAUCCCAGAAACACUGUACAACACCGCUAUCUCGGCGGUGGUGGACAACUACAGCCGGUCAAGAAGGGACAUACGCUCGCUCCCAGAAAAUAUACAGUUCGAUGUCUAUUAUAAGCUUUACCAGCAGGGCCGGCUCUGCCAGCUGGGGGGAGAGUUCUGCGAGCUGGAGGUGUUUGCUAAAGUGCUGCGGGCUUCGGACAAAAGACAUCUCCUGCACCACUGUUUCCAGGCCCUAAUGGACCACGGUGUAAAAGUAGCCUCAGUUCUGGCAAACUCCUUCAGCCGUCGCUGCUCCUACAUCGCAGAGUCUGACGCCCACGUCAAAGAGAAGGCUAUUCAGUUCGGCUUUGUGCUGGGUGGCUUCUUGUCUGAUGCGGGCUGGUAUGGAGAUGCAGAAAAAGUGUUCCUGUCGUGCCUACAGCUGUGCACACUCCACAGUGAGGUCCUCCACUGCUACCGGGCUGUGGAAUGCUGUGUCAGGCUGCUUCAUGUCCGCAAUGGAAAUUGUAAGUAUCACUUGGGGGAGGAGACCUUCAAGCUUGCUCAGUCUUACAUGGACAAACUAGCCAAACAUGGCCACCAGGCCAACAAGGCAGCGCUGUAUGGUGAGCUUUGUGCCUUGCUCUUCGCCAAAAGCCACUAUGAUGAGGCGUACAGGUGGUGUAUAGAGGCUAUGAAGGAAAUUACUCCUGGGCUGCCUGUCAAAGUAGUAGUUGAUGUCCUCAGACAAGCAUCCAAGGCCUGUGUGGUAAAGAGGGAGUUCAGAAAAGCAGAGCAGCUGAUCAAACAUGCAGUGUUUCUCGCAAGAGAACAUUUUGGACACAAGCAUCCCAAGUACUCCGACACGCUGCUAGAUUAUGGAUUUUACUUAUUAAACGUAGACAACAUAUGCCAAUCAGUUGCUAUUUACCAGACCGCCCUGGACAUUCGACAGUCUGUGUUUGGGGGAAAGAACAUCCAUGUUGCCACAGCCCAUGAAGACCUGGCCUAUUCUUCAUACGUGCACCAGUACAGCUCUGGGAAAUUUGACAACGCUCUAUUCCAUGCAGAACGUGCCAUAGACAUCAUAACUCACAUUCUGCCUGAGGACCAUCUUCUGUUGGCUUCCUCUAAGAGAGUCAAAGCACUAAUCCUGGAGGAAAUCGCCAUUGACUGCCACAAUAAAGAGACAGAAGAGCGUCUCCUGCAGGAGGCCCAUGACCUGCACCUCUCCUCACUGCAACUGGCCAAGAAGGCCUUUGGGGAGUUCAACGUCCAGACAGCAAAACAUUACGGCAACCUAGGACGACUCUACCAGUCCAUGAGGAAGUUUAAGGAGGCAGAGGAAAUGCACAUCAAAGCCAUCCAGAUCAAGGAGCAGCUACUGGGCCAUGAGGACUAUGAGGUGGCUCUGUCUGUGGGUCACCUGGCCUCUCUCUACAACUACGACAUGAACCAGUACGAAGACGCAGAGAGGCUCUACCUGCGCUCCAUCGCUAUUGGUAAGAAGCUGUUUGGAGAAGGUUACAGUGGACUGGAGUACGACUACCGAGGCCUGAUCAAACUCUACAACUCAGUGGGGAACUAUGAGAAGGUGUUUGAAUACCACAACGUACUGUCCAACUGGAACCGGCUGAGGGACCGGCAGUUUGCUGUGGCAGACGCCCUGGAGGAUGUCAACACUACACCCCAGCAGACCCAGGAGGUGGUACAAGCUUUCCUAUUGGCUCAGAGCCUAGGCCCCACCCGCCCCUGUCUCGGCUGAUUUUAUGAGGGAAGAGAGAGAGGGGGGGAAAAAAUAAAAAAAGACACGUGGGUUUUUAGCCUGGUGAGGACAUAAAAUAAGCCUAAACGUGAUGCUUCAGUUGCACACAAUUAGUAAUACACAUGAAAUUCAAGCAUCACCGGCGGGUCAGUUGGCUUUACGGUCACUGCAGCUGCCAGUACACACACACAGACAUGCACACACAUGUAGUCGUGAAAGAAAAAAUUUUAAAAAAUAGAGAAAACACUGUUAUCAAACCUCAUCAACACACUCACACACAUACCCACAAUGCAGCUCUAUUCAGCAAACUGCUGCAUUUCUCCAAGAGAAAGAGGACACACGACUGAGGGGAGGGUGGGGAUUAAAAAAGAAAAACCUCAAACAUCCUGCAAGGAUGACAAAUGACCUCUCCUCUUCUCUUGUUUCACUCGCCUUCUUCUUCUCAGUUGGGAAUCAGAGGACAUUUUUGCUUUUGUAUUUGAACCAGUGUAGCUCUGAACGCCAUGAGACUCACCACAGACCGAAACCAUGUUCUCCAGGGCUAUGUACAUGACAGUGUCCGGACCCCCCACACUCAUCUGUGAAAUACAGCCCACAUCCAUCAGCAUAAUCACUCGGCGGAUCACAGAUGAAAAUAGUUGGAUAUUUUUGACACUUGUACAGUAAAAUAAUACAGAUUGUACACUUAAGUUUCAGUUGAAGGCUUCUUGUUUUUUUGUUUUUCUUGCAAAGAAGUGAAAGUGGACCCUAAGAAGACUUCAUUAAACUCCUGUUUUGAACUGCUUGGUGGAGAGAGAUUACAAACAGUGGAAUGUGUUGAACCAGUGGGUAUGUUGUUACACACAUAACAGGCUUCACGGGUCUUGUUUUCAAUUUAUUUUAUCUCUCUUUUUUUUUUUUUUUUCCAGCUUAGUACUGACAUAGCAUAAUUAAAAUGCCAAUAAUUUAUAUGCAAAAGUGUAUGUUUAUGUAGCCCUUUUGUUAUGCUUUCUUAUUGAGUGAGCCAUGAAUCCUGAAGAAGCAAAUCAACACUAUAACAACAAGGGACGUGGAAAGGAGUGCAUAGAGGAAGAUGCUACUUGUACAAAGGCUUGGAAGCCUCCCCUUUAUUUCUUAAUGAUGAGGCUUCAUGUAUGAGUGUGUGUGUGUGUGUGUGUGUCAGUAUACACAGAUAGAACUCUGGGUGCCCAAGUGCUCCACUGAUGACUACCAGCCUUACACCAGCUUGCAGUUAUCUGUCUGUAGACGGACCCAUACUUUUAAGUGCUAAAUAAACUAUUAUACCCUUAAGGGCACUGCAAUGGGGACCAAUAUUGUGUGUGUGUGUGUGUGUGUGUGUGCGUGUGUGUCUCCAGCCUUUCUAUUUGUACAUCUGGCCUUUCCUCUCCACUCCCUCCUGUCAGAAAUCCCAUUGAAGUCCUAGGUUUUUUUUUUGUUUUUUCCUAUAGUUGAACCAUCAGUGUUUCUGUCCAAGGUCUCAUCUGUCAUUUCACUAAAGCCUCAGGCUCAACCGUCUUGCUGUCAAGGUGCUGGUGCUCGCUCACAAAGGACCAAUGAGGAGUAGAAAAACCUGGAAACAGCCAAUAAUGUAUUCUUUUAAAAAUUUGAAUGUUGCGAUGCUUUGUAAUGGCUCAUGUCAGUGAAAGUGACCUGAAGCCAAACCUUUCCUACAUUAUACAGGUUUACAUGCAGAGCUACUGGAGGAUGUGGACGCUCAUAUUACAAGAAAAAAAAAACCUAAACCACUCCUCACUUACCUCCCUGCAACAUAGGCCUGUGACAAAAAGUUGGUUAAAACAUUUAGAAUUUUAUUUAAUUGAAAUGUAGAAAACAGCCUCGUACAGGGACCCUGUACAUUUUAGUACAUGAUUGUGGUCAAGAUAAGAACUUGACAGUUUACAGCUUGUUAGCGCUCUCUGGUGGACACAUGAUGUAUCUGGAAACUGUUUCUAAAUGACCUAAAAUAGGUUUUUGGCAUUUCUGACUGACGUUUUACGUGUUUUACGGGCCAAUCUAAACACAGAUUAAUGCAUAUCUGUGGUAUCUGUGAUCCCAUAGAGCAUUUUUUUCACUCUUAAGAUGUAUCCUUAGAAUAUUUUUAGUCAUAAAACUACACAGUAUUUCAAGGAAUAAGUACAAAAGUGUGUAGUUUGAGUUUUAUUCUUAUUUCCUAUCAGGGUGAUCAUCCCAGGUUCCCCUUUGAGGGUCCUGAACCACUGAUUGUGCUAUUGGUAUCUGUCCCAGCAGUACUUUGGAUUUAAUCUUUUCAAGCUCCACUGGAACAUACAAGUAGUCCACUUUUUUGUUUUUUUACACCAUUAGAAGUGACAAAUAGACCUUCCUGUGAUUUGGGUGAGCUGACACUUUUGGUCCAGUGUGGCUGUGGAUAAACAAAGACAGGCAUGACGUCUGUGCUGGCGUAGCGAAAUCACCGAUGAGAUUUUGUACAACGCAGUCUGGGCUGUAGGCAUUAAUAUGUGCAACAUUACUGAUGAUGUGAUGCCUUGGAUAAAAAAAAAAAACCC